UCCCAGCCUCAGUCUUCCCACAAGUCUUGCUUAGAAUCCUUUCUAUCUUGGCAGACUGGGGGGAACUCUUACCUCUUGCUAACCCCAGGUGAUGUAGUUUCCGGUCCUCCCUGCCCCAUAGAAGCACCUCUUCCUCAGUGUCCUUAUCCUGCCCUGUAUUUCCCAUCUCCCCAGGGCAACCAGGUUGUAGCUCCACCUCAGUCUCCCGGAAGUUAUAAUGAACCCCCUCUUCCUACCCCAGCUCCCCCUCAAGUGAAGUCCCCCAAAUUCUCAGAUUCACAACGCGCUCCCUACAGGUGUCGUUCCCUGGUCAACACACUACACCACACUCCUCAUGAUCAUCCUAAGUCCCAUAAGACCAACACCUCUCCUCAGCCUCCCUCCCGGUCCUGUGGCCUCUCUAGUCCCCUUAUGGAGCCGUCCAUCACAACUACUUCAAAUUUCUUACGAAAAGAACUUCCCCCAGAGACUACAGUGGACCCAGGAAUCCAUAAAACUGUUGCCCCUACUUCCUAUCCCCAGUGCCUGCCUUGUAAUCUUUUAUCGUCCAAUAGAUGUCCUAAGAACAGUCCCCACGGACCAUCUCCAGUAUCCCCCUGCAAUACCCAUACGUAUUCUGUGGUUUCAUCCCCACUCUCUAGUCCCCUAAAUUGCUCUACGCGUCUUUUUCAGUGUCAGCCUGUAGUUCCCUGUGGCACUUACACAGCUCCCAGGGGUUCACCACCACCCAAUAGCAAACCUGUGGUACCUCCUUGUUCUACCCACAUCUAUUCUUUUAUCCCUCUGAGGACACCCUUUGACCCCCGAUGUUUACCUGUUGUCCCUCGAGCUCGACUUUGCCCCAAUACUAUUCCCUGUGGCCUUCAUACCUAUGCUGUGUCCUCUCCAGGCCCACUCACAGAAUCCCCUCAGAUUCCCUACAGCUCUUCUUUGCCGUCACCCAAGAGCUCCACUUGUAGCACUAAUGCCAGCUGUAGUUCAACCAUUAUUAUUAGUAAAUGUCAUAGUAGUGAGAACCAGAGUAUCCUCCAAGAGAAAAGUCAGAGCCAGAACAAGAGUUCCCUUCGUAAUCGAAGCAACAGUCCCCAAGACAGGGGUUUCUAUCGGAGCAGAAGUUGGAACCGGAGCAGCAGUCCUACCCAAAGGGAUACUCAGGAACACAGUGAGUGUAUCCACUUGAGCAUCAGUGAGGGACAGAGUGAAAAAUUUCACCGUAGCAGAUCACCAAAGCAGAACAAGAGUCCUCGAGGUGAUAAAAGUAAGAACAGGAGCAAGAGUCCUCACCACAGGAAAAGUCAUGGUCGGAGCAAGAGUCCCCCCAAUAAGAAGAAAUGAUGACCAUAACGGAAACCCAGGUUAGAGCAGAAGUUGCAGGAACAAAACUGUAAGCUAUAGCAUCUCAGUUGUUGCAACAUCAGACCAACUUGUGGACUCCUCAUCUGAAGUCUUCAGUUCCUUUUUAAUCGGACUCGAGUCCUUCACUGCUAGCCCCAUAACAGUCACCCUGGACGUUUCUGCUUUAAUUCAUAUCUUAAGACUUUUGAACUGUCUUGAUUCUGCCUUCCUGGGGUCUAGGAAAUCUUCUAAAACAACUGAGCUCUAUGAUUCUGUGCAUCAUGUUGCCCCUUCACUGCACGGUCUUAGGCUACCACAGAACCAGAAUUCCCUGCUAGUCGGCUUGCUCUGCAAAAUUUUGACAUGACCUACAGUGUACAAUUUGGGGAUCUUUGGCCAUCAAUUCGUGUUAGUCUUCUCUCAGAACAGAAGUAUAGUGCAUUGGUCAAUAAUUUUGAUGCUUGGGAUAAUGUGAGCGCUAAGCUGGAGCACCUGGGUGCCAAGGACUUUGUGAAAGAAGCCAUCUCUCCCCAGGAACUGGAGCCUGAGAGUGACCUCUCUCCACCUCCAUCCCUGAACUACAGUCCAAACCUUCGAUGCUUCACUUUUCCCAGGGGAGAUAUCAGCCGCUUCCCUCCUGCUAGACUUGGCAGCCUAGGACUCAUGGAUUACUACCUGAUGGAUGCUGCCUCCUUGCUGCCUGUCCUGGCUCUUGGUCUGCAGCCUGGAGAUACUGUGCUUGACCUGUGUGCAGCUCCUGGGGGGAAAACACUGGCAUUACUUCAGACUGGCUGUUGCCGCAAUCUAGCUGCCAACGAUCUCUCCACUUCCCGAACAGGCAGACUACAGAAGGUCCUUCACAGUUACGUGCCUCAAGAUAUCAGGGAAGGGAACCAAGUUCGAGUUACCUCAUGGGAUGGCAGGAGGUGGGGAGAGCUGGAGGGAGACACCUAUGACCGAGUGUUGGUAGAUGUGCCAUGUACCACAGACCGCCACUCCCUUCAUGAAGAAGAGAACAACAUCUUUCAGCGGUCAAGGAAGAAGGAGCGACAGAUGUUGCCUAUGCUGCAGGUGCAGCUUCUCGCGGCCGGACUCCUUGCCACCAAGCCGGGAGGUCACGUUGUCUACUCCACUUGCUCACUGUCACACUUACAGAAUGAGUAUGUGGUGCAAGGUGCCAUUGAGCUUCUGGCCAAUCAGUAUAGCGUCAAGGUUCAAGUGGAAGACCUGUCUCACUUCCGAAAGCUUUUCAUGGACACGUUCUCUUUCUUCCCCUCCUGCCAAGUUGGGGAGCUGGUAAUUCCAAACCUCAUGGCUAAUUUUGGGCCUAUGUACUUCUGCAAAAUGCAUAGGCUGCCAUAGUGUCACCAUGUCCUGAAGUAGGAAGACAGUGACUCUGUCAGAGGCGUUGAAGCAGACCAGUGGCAGAGAUGCAUUCCAAGGCCUGUCUCCAUCCUGUGUAUUUUCUAAAGAUGUUGUAAACAGUAAAAAGUAGGACUACUGCCCAGUUGUGGAUUAUCAGCACGUUUCUAACUCAGACUCUCACUUAUAUCCUUUAGCCUAAACUAAGGUCCCUGCUAAAUUAGGGGUUUAGAUAGAAUUGGUGAAUAAGCCCAUAGUUUACGCUGUAAACUUGGGAAAAAACAUUUAGUCAAUAAAGUUGUUGAAGUGCUAUAGA